AUGAGCGGCAACAACUUGGAUGUGAACGACGAGUUUGAUGAGCAGUUGCGAAUGCAAGAAUUGUACGGAGACACCAAGGACGAGGACACCGAAAAAGAUCUCGGUGCAGAAACUGAUUCUUUCGGACAGCAGCCGACUGACACCCCAUACGAGUGGGACCUAGACAAGAAGGCUUGGUUCCCCAAGAUCACUGAAGAUUUCAUUGCUACAUACCAGGCCAAUUAUGGCUUUUCUAACAUUGGUGCAUCUAGUUAUACUGCAAGUGUCCAAGAUGGCAGUGCUAGGACUGCAGAAGAACCUCCGCAAAGACAACUCCCUGAUCCCAGUGAUCCGAAAAAGAAGGGAGAAAAGAGAAAGACUGAAUCAGGAUGGUUUCAUGUUGAAGAUGACAGAAAUACAAAUGUUUAUGUGUCUGGUUUGCCUCCAGACAUUACAGUGGAUGAAUUUAUACAGCUCAUGUCGAAGUUUGGCAUUAUUAUGAGAGAUCCUCAAACAGGAGAAUUUAAGGUCAAGCUUUACAAAGAUAAUCAAGGAAAUCUUAAAGGAGAUGGACUUUGCUGUUAUUUGAAGAGAGAAUCUGUGGAUCUGGCAUUAAAACUUUUGGAUGAAGAUGAAAUUAGAGGCUGCAAAUUACAUGUGGAGGUGGCAAAAUUUCAGUUGAAGGGAGAAUAUGACGCCUCAAAGAAGAAGAAGAAGUGCAAAGACUACAAGAAAAAGCUGUCUAUGCAACAAAAGCAGUUGGAUUGGAGACCUGAGAGACAAGCUGGCCCAUCCCGAAUGCACCAUGAGCGAGUUGUCAUUAUCAAAAACAUGUUUCAUCCAGUGGAUUUUGAGGAUGAUCCACUGGUGUUGAAUGAAAUCAGAGAAGACCUUCGAGUAGAGUGUUCAAAGUUUGGACAAAUUAGGAAGCUCCUUCUCUUUGAUAGACACCCUGAUGGUGUGGCCUCUGUGUGCUUUAGGAAUCCAGAGGAAGCUGAUUAUUGUAUUCAAACCCUCAAUGGAAGGUGGUUUGGUGGGCGUCAAAUCACUGCCCAAGCGUGGGAUGGAACUACAGAUUGUCAGGUGGAGGAGACCACAAGAGAAAGGGAGGAAAGGCUGAGAGGAUGGGAGACUUUCCUCAAUGCUGCUGAGGCCAACAGAGGCCUGCAGCAUUCAGACUCCAUCCGUGCUCCAGAAAGGGCAGGGCCUUCUAGAGUUAGGCAUUUUUCUGAGCACCCUGGCACAUCUCAAACAAAUGUUCAAGCAGCUGCAACUGAAAUGGCAUUUGAAGAGCCUAUAGAUGAAAAGAAGUUUGAAAAAGUGGAAGAUGGGGGAGAAGUUGAAGAAGCUGCUUCUGAAAAAGAUGCUAAAGAAAGUGGCCCUGAAAAAGAAACUGAAGGUCCUCAAGAAGAAUCUGAAGAGAGCUGCCUUGAAAGAGAGUCUAAGGCAGGCUGUCUCGAAAGAGAGCAUGAAGAAGACUUCCCUGAGAGAGAAUCUGGAGAAGGCAGCCCUGAGAAAGAGCAUGAAGAGGGUAAUCCUAACAAAGAGUCAAAAGAGACUGUCCUUGAAAGAGUAUCCAAAAAGAAGAAACUCAAAACGGAUCCUGACAAGAACGGCUGUGAGAAGGAGUCUGAAGAAGAAGGCCCUGGCAAGGAGUCUGAGGGGGAAGCCAGCCCCCAAAAGGUGGCUUCUGAAGAUGACAACUCAGAACAAGAGUCUGAAGACUGCUUGGAAAAGCAGUUUGAAGAUGGCUCUGAAAAAGAGUUAGAAGAAAAUGGCCUUGAGAAAGGUUUCGAGGAAGAUGCCUCUGACAAGGAAUUUAAUGAAAACAUCCCAGAAAAAGAGUUAGAAGAAAAUGAGUCUGAAAAAUCAGAAUUCGAAGAUGACAGCUCUGAAAAAGUGUUUAAUGAAGAAGGCUCUGAGAAAGAGUUUGAUGAAGAGUCAGAAAAAGAAGAAGAGGAAGAUGCAUAUGAAAAGGCAUUUGAUGAUGAAUCAGAUGAAAAAGAGGACGAAGAAGAUGCAGAAGAAAAGGAACAAGAAGAUGCAGAAGAAAAGGAACUUGAAGAUGCUGAUGAAAUGGAUGAAGAAGAUGAUGCAGAUGAAAAGGUAUUUGAAAAUUCGAAUGGAAAAGAAGAUGAGGAAGAUGGAGAUGUAAAGGAAGAUGAAGACAUAGAUGAAAAGGUGUUUGAAGAUGAUGAUUCCAACGAGAAGUUGUCUGAUGAUUCCAGUGACAAAUUGUUUGAAGAUUCUGAUGAGAGAGGGACUGUGGGUGGUUUAGGGAAUGUUAAGGAAGAAGGGCCCUUGUCCACAGGCAGCAGCUUUGUUCUUGGUGAUGAUGAUGAUGAAGACAAUGCUGUUUAA